UCAUGGCGUGCCCCCGCAGUCCAAGAGACAAGAGCCCCGAGGACAGACACAUGUGAAGACGCAACACUUUCACUUUGCAGUGAUACACGGAUUUCCUCCCACGCUGCGUGAAAGUCUGCGGCGUGACAUGAAGGUGCGCGUGUGACGUUCCUCUGCACGUACAGGACUGUGAUGUCUCUGCUAAAUGCUGCGGUGUCUGCACAACUUCUUCUAGAAAAAGAAAGUCUGCCGCUAUGAACUGAGCUGUGACUUCCUCACCCCAUGUGGAGGACAUGAUGUCACAGGACAGAGGAAGACUGUGGGCCGGGAAUGGAAAGCCGGCGUUUGUUCUGGCCUCUCUUCUCCUCCUGGCUUUGCCGUGUACGGGCUUCCUCCCCAACUUUUGGUCGCGAGUAUUGACGCUGUCUUGGAACUCGCACACUCACCAGCAAAUCACAGAGCAGGCCAUUCUCAACGUCACCAUGGAGACUCUGAGGGUCAUCAAAAAACACCAUGGGAACCAUGCAGAGGAACAGACCGGACUGGGCCGUGGCUUCUGGAGAGCCGUGGGAGAGGUGGUGAAGUCCAAUGCAGCCAUGGACUUCUUGAGCUCCACCCGGUCCGACCCGGUGUACCACUUUGACUCAGAGCGCGUGGACGGCGCCAUGGCGAUGCUGCGGCAGUUCUGGGCUCAGACUCUGCUCUCGGUACGAGCCAAAGAGUACCAGAGUGCUCGACACAGCUUGGGCCAGCUGUUUCACUCCCUGCAGGACUUUUACAGCCACAGUAACUGGGUGGAGAUGGGCCAGCGCUUCAUUUACCUCCACCUGCUGCAGCCAGAGGAGCCGGCCUUCCCCCUGGCUGCAGAAGACACACCUACCUGCAUGGAGUGCUUCAGUCUCACCUGUCGAGACAACCUCAUGCCAAGACUGACAAACGCACAGCAGGACGCACAGCUGUUAACCACUGGCUACUUCAGCACCUUUCCUCCAAAACCUCACGGCAAAUGUAGUCAUGGCGGUAUUCUGGACCGUAGCCGUUACAUGGGGGCCAAAGGGGGCAUCAACAAGGACAGCACCUCACCUCUCUUCUCACCUCACCAUUACCUCCACAUGGAGGCUUCCAAGCUGGCUAUGGAGGCCACCGUGAGUGUGCUGAGAGACAUCAGCGACACCGUGGGCCCAAAAACCUUCCUCAGGCUCUUCAGCGUGAAGCAGGUCCCAGCAUUGGUGUUCGUCAUGGACACCACGGGCAGCAUGUUUGAGGAGAUCACCGCCGCCCGCUACCGGGCCCACUCCAUCAUCCAGAGCCGAGCCAGCAGCCCCGGGCAGCCCGGCACCUUUCUACUCGUGCCCUUCCACGACCCCGAGGUAGGACCGGUCUACGAGACCGAUGACCCACAUGAGUUCAUGCAGCACAUGGAGAACCUGAUGGCGCUGGGAGGAGGGGACGAACCAGAGAUGUGUCUCUCUGCCAUUCAGCUGGCCCUCACUCACAGUCCACCGCUGUCAGAGAUCUUUGUGUUUACCGAUGCUUCCCCUAAAGACGCCCACUUGUUCGACGUGGUGAAGGCCCUCGCGCUUGAGAAACAGAGCAAGGUGACUUUUCUCCUGACUGAAGACCCAAGUUACGCAUUGCAUAGCAGAGGAAGGAGGAGGAGGAGAAAGAGGAGGAGGAGGAAGAGAAGGGAACUUUUGUCCCCGGAUCGAUUCUCUCUCUACUCCUCCCUGUCCUCCCUCUCCGGAGGAGCGACGAUAUUCACCACCAACUCUGACAUCCGAAGUGUCUCAGCCAUAGUGGAGGACAACACAGCCGUGGACAAGGUGACCCUCCUCCAUGUGGAAAGUGACGAAGAGUCGACGUCCUCGCACUCCUUCAGAGUGGACAGCUCAGUGAAGAACGUCACGCUGCACCUCACUGGCCUCCUGAUCGAGUGUGUCCUCACCAGCCCAUCAGACCAAAGCCAGUCCCUGUUGAGCCAGCGAGGCCCUCUGGCAGAGCUGGAGCACUUCGAAGGUCUGUACCGCAUCAGCCUCACGUCCCCCAUACAGCCCGGCAAGUGGAAACUCCAAGCCAAGAGUGACGGACACCUCACCUUCAAUGUGAUCGCGAACAGCAGUGUAGAUUUCCUGUAUUACUUUGCCACGGUAACCAAUGAGACGCACCCAGGUCUGGCCAGAGUGGAGGGUGGUCCAGUAGCAGGUGUUCCUGUCUUCCUGGUGCUGGCUGUGACGGGCCGCGCUCCGGGUGAGGAGGCGUCUUUUAGUCACGUGACGCUGCUGGGAGCGGCGGGGGAAAGCCUCCGGCAGGUGAAUCUGAACUCCUCCUCUUCAUCAUCCUACGCGGUGGAGGAGCUGGUGGGAUGGAUGGACUCGGUUCCCGUAGUCCCGUUCUGUGUUCGGCUGACGGGCCAAGACGGCGGAGGAAACAAGCUGGAGAGGGUUUCCACGGAGAUGGUCCAGCCCACUCGCGUCCAGAUACAGGUUUUGUCUGUCCCUCGCCUGGUGCCCGGUCACAGCACAAAGGUGGCCUUUGACAUCCUCAACCACGGCCCAGCUCGAUCCUUCAGCCUGAACGCCGAUGACGACCGCGGGUAUCUUCACAAGAGAGGACCUCUCAGUUUCCAUGUUGAAGAACAAGGUUCUUUCCGCGGUGAGGUGGACCUCAUCGCUCCUGCCGCAGCAGAGGCGGGGGCGACGGUCACCUUGACGCUCACCGUGAACGCUCUCGACUCUCCGGACUCAAAUUACGCGGUGGCCUACUUGACCGUGAUCCCCCCGGAUCCCGACACCUCCGCCCCGUCCUGCGACGCUGCUCGAGCGCCGUCCCCGUGUCCCUCCGUUUGCAACGAGUCGAGCUGGAGCGUGUCCCUGGUCGUGUCGGACAGGGGCCGCUCCGGCCUCGCCGCCCUCCAGCUACAGAGCGGCGAAGGCGUUCUGACUUUAUUCCACAGACCCCCGCCCGCGGAGGACGGUCUGGUGGAGGACAGAGACAAGACAGCAAGUGGAGGCCGCCACCACAAGGCCAGACUAGAGAGAGGAGACCCACCUCUGAAUGUUUCCGAAUGGGCACCUGGCUCCUCUCAGCCGCUGUGGGGGACGUACUCGUCCAGCUGCUGCUCCGCUCGGGCCGAGCUGCUGGUGUGGGACGCCGCGGGAAACAUGAAGCGCUGCCAACUAGCGUCCGGCCGGCGGCCGCAGCUGAGAGACAGGAGCGCGGAAACCAGUGGGGCAGGACGGCGAACGCCCACGGCGGGGUUCCUCGCGGCGUUGGGUCUGCUCCUUCUUCUGCUUUAGGCCGGUGUGAUUACAAAAGGCUUUGCAGGUGUCCACGCAAACAGCUGUACACAAAAGAGACACAAAUGACGACUAUGAAUGAAAAAUAUCUUUCUCAAUGAUUGAUUUGUGCUUACUACUGUAAUUUGUAAAGAAUGUGCAUUAAAUAAAGAGUUAAUAAUUGUAUUAUCAUUCUCAAUGGUGUUCUGGACAUCUGAUAUCACAAAUAAUGCAUUACUGCCAUGGAUGGAAUAAAUUGGAUAUUACGGUACUCUUCAGCAAGGAAAAAAUAAUAAUUGUGAACUUGAAUGAAAAAACGUUGGAAAGUAACAAUAAAGCAUGUGUGCACAGCG